GUUGCUUUGUGAUCCGCUCUGAGCAAUGCCCUGCCCGUUGCUUUGCGAUCCUCUCUGAGCAAUGCCGACGCCCACACAGUUGGUUAAACAUCACCGAGCGAGCUGAGAGACCCGCCCCGUAUGUAAGCGCAGCAGAUCUCGCUUCAGUGUUGAAAGCACAGUGGCGCUGUUUACUGCUGGCUGCACGGCGCGUAUUCAAUCACACUGCGCUUCGGACUCCAGGAGCGAUGGCAUUCUGUUCUAUCGGCUGCCUUUUGGUUUUGGUCGCUCUCUAUGGGCUGGCGGAACCAGUAACCGACUCCGUCCCGCCGUUACUCACCGCGGAACCGGGCGGGAAUAUCACGCUGAAAUGCGGAGUAGAUCCAAGUAAAACAAACCAAUAUGUAACUGCUUGGGUUACCUGGUACCGGCAGGAGCCGGACGGGCGAAUCCAGAUCGUCACAUCCCUGAGCACGGGCUACUUAAAAGAGGGCCGGUAUUCCGGAGGGAUCGACAACAAGAACGGACAGUAUAAUUUAACCAUUGCGGACCUCCACAGAACCGACUCGGCCGUGUAUUUCUGUAUAGCGAGAGCAGCAGCUCUCCUGUUCAUACCCGGGUCCAGCUCCAAACUCGUUGUAUCAGACCCGCUGACUGUCCCGAGUGUGGAGUUAUACACUCCGGGUCUGUUUGAAGGCGAUUCGGACUGGACCGAGCCGGUUCCGGUGCUGUGUUUGGUGAGAGACACGUCUCCGGGGCGGCAUCGAGUCAACUGGACUAUCGGCACCGAGGCAGCCGCGCCGGGCAGCGCGGAGGAGGGAGAGAUCGAACCCGACGGGUCCUAUAGCGUGCGCAGCUACGUCACAAUCAGCGCGGAUCAAUGGAACAGCGGCGCUAUAAAGUGCGAGGUUUACAACAUCAACAACGUCACAGAAAAAGUCUCCGCGUCACACCGAAGGCAAGAUUGCGUUCCUGUGUUGUUUUACGGACUGCCCGCCGUUUUCCUGCUAAUUCUGGUCGUGGUGUCUGUGGCGUGUGUUUACAGAAGACUUCAUAAAACUAAAACCGAUCACAAGUCCAGCGAUGCGCCCUGCCGUCCACAGCGCCCUGCCCGACACAGAACAGUCCAGGAUUACUCGACGGAGUACGCAUCGCUCAAUCUGUGACGGGCUCCACAAAGCACCUCGCUCAUCUUUAAAUGCAGCCGUGGAGAGAGAGAGAGGGAGAGAGAGAGAGAGAGAGAGAGAGAGAGAGAGAGAGAGAGAGAGAGAGAGAGAGAGAGAGAGAGAGAGACUCUCUACUAAUGAGAGACACUUCAUGUCAAAUAUUACCCAUUUGUAUUGAAAUGAACUUUAAGCAGCUGGACUCAAAUUCAAGCAAGCCUCUCAUGCUGCACGCCCACAAAUCUUUUUUUUCUUUGUAUUAUUCUAAACAUCUUGUAUAUUAUUAUGACAUCAUAUAAAACACAUAUUUUGCUGUAAUACUAAUAAUAGUCACUGUAUUUGAAUAAUUGUACAUUUAAAUAAUAAUAAUAAUA